CGCGCCCCCUCACGUUCGCUCUUCCCCAUGCGUCGCGAUUAAUUUGGCCGAUUACGGGUAGAGUACGCGGCUGACUGAGCGUCAUACAAUUUUCGACUUAGGGCAACUCGUCUAUCGUAGACUUCGAAACACGUCACUUCGAAACGUUUCUCCAACUUGUGUAUUUCACUGAGUUGGAAGCUGACGAUGAUUACCAUGCGGUUGUUUGAGGCGUUUAUGGCGGGUAGCACUGUUGGGGCUGUGUUGGUGUCGAUACUUUAUUCGCGUCGUCAUCAGGUGCCUUCUCGUGUUUUUACGGGUAAACUCUUUCAUACCAGUAGCGCAACAGAUGAGAUCCUAGCUGAGCAUUUCACUCGCAACGUGCAGUUUUUUGGCAGCACGGCACAACAGCGUGUAUCAAGCGUGUUCGUCGUUGUCGUCGGAUUGGGUGGCGUUGGAAGUCACUGUGCGCAUAUGCUCCUUCGCUCCGGGGUGUCACGAAUGCGUCUUAUUGAUUUCGAUCAAAUUUCUCUAUCCUCGCUCAACAGACAUGCAUUGGGCACUCGCCAGGACGUUGGCAGCUACAAGGCAGAGUGUCUCGCGAAGCACUUCAGAAAAAUUUUUCCUGAAGCUCAACUCGAAACUAAAGUGGCAAUGUUUGAAAAAACAGUUGAAGACGAGUUAUUGAAGGGAGAGCCUGAUUUCGUGGUUGACUGCAUAGACAACGUCGACACUAAGGUUGACUUACUUGCUGCUUGUGUGCGGAAAAAUAUAAAUGUGCUGGCGUCUGGUGGUGCCGGUGCGAAGUGUGAUCCUACACGAAUAAAGAUUGUUGACAUACGAGAAAGUGUUGUUGAUCCGCUUGCCCGCGCUGUUCGUCAUCGACUCAAACAGGUUCAUGGUAUUGAAAGUGGCAUACCUGUCUUAUUAUCAACAGAGAAACAACGCUGCAAAUUGGUUUCACUUGGGGCAACAGCUGAAACGUGCAGUGCGUCUAUUUUGCAAGACUUUCAGGUUUUGCCAAAUUUUCGCAUAAGGACACUUCCUGUGUUUGGUGCUCUGCCAGCUAUAUUUGGUUUAUCGUGUGCUGCACAUGUUAUAAGUACUUUAACAGGACAAGUACUUAGUUCUGACCCUAUUCUGCAUAUUCACACGAAGCAGUACAAAACGCAAUUUGAAAGGCUACGUGAUAGGGAAGCCAGCCGAGGCAGUAUGAAGAGCUGGGUAAAUGUUGAGCUGCAGGAUGUGAUAUACCUAAUCAAGGAUGUUUGGCAAGGUCGCAGUGCUCGAGCUCAAAAUCCGUCGAUAGGUAAAGGGAUGUGGCGAAAUACCUCGGAUUUAUGCUUGACGCGCUGGAAUCCGUCUAAGCCAGCAAAUCUAGAUAACUUGAUUUUACUCUCUUCUGAAGAAGCCGACGCACAUGACGCAGAAGUUUUUAGAAUAUUCGAAACCGAUAACGACUCCGACCAAAUCAAACCGUGUGGUUUUGACUCUUUGGUUGAUCGAGAACCUUAUUUUGCUUACUUCAUUGAGCGCAAACUCCAACGCGUUAGACGCGACUUUGGUUUAGUAAGAGAGUCACCAAAUACUUGCUCUGGCCUAAAUAUACACCUGAUGGAACAAUAAUUUGGUAUCAGGAUAACCUGCUGAAUAUGUUCUUUAUGCGAAAGCUCACUUUAUGAAUAAUUUAGUGCGUCGUUUGCAGAGGUGCCAAAUCAUAAUUUGCAUGUAAUGCGCGAGUACACUUCUUGUUAUUACGCAUAUUCGUUUUCUACACUCAGCUCGGAAAGCCAACAUGUCUUCCAACGUACCUUCGCGUACUUUCGUACAUGCAGUGAGUACGUGAGCAGUACGCAUACGUGUAGUACAACUGAGUACGUACUAGUACAACCCAAAUCAUGAACUGCGCCCAGGCUGCCUCGAAGUGAACGGACGCGAGGUGACAAGGGUCGGGUCAAGUUCAGUGAACUGUAAUCGAGAAUGUGCAGAAAGGAACGAGUGCCAGGUAUUCGGCGAACUGAAUCCGAGUGAGAACUCGGGAAUGACGGAUACCGUAAGUCACAAAACAGGAGCUGAGACAGUGACGAAACUGACAAGACAGCUCAGAACAGUAGUUACAUUACUGACAGUGAACCUGUGUCCAAUAUCAGGAGGAUGAACGAAUCAACCCUACAACUUAUACAGGGCCAAGUUGUGGCGGAGGACGAACGAAUCAACCCUACGGAGGUUCAACCCCCGUGCAGUGAUAAAUCAAUAUUCAUCAAGUGCAUAUACUAAACUCUCAACAGAAGUCGAGAAAACAAGUCUGGAAAAACGCUUUUAAAAACAGUUACACCUGUACCCGACUGGCCGGGAUAGGAAUGGCACUGGAAUAUAUCUGUACGUGUACGUGUACAGUACAGUACGUGUACAGUAGGUAGGAUUUAGGUGGAAUUAAUAUGAGCAGACCGGUAGUACACAGCUACACACAUGCAUGAUACAAGCAAGAUCAAAAAAACAUGUAAUACGAAGGUUAGAACUUUAUU